GAUGGAGGCAGCCCGAAAACGGGUACUUCCAUGUCGUUCGCAGGACACCCACCAAAGCCAGAGACUUCGGGGACACGAAGUACGAGAACCCACCUCGUACUUUUCGAUGCUGGGAGCGAUUCGCCGGCUCGCCAUCGCCGGCCCCACAGGGGGGGAAAUCUUCAAACGGAGCCCAGCGAAGGGUGUUGCUUCUAAUCCAAAGCCAGAAAAUGGGAUAAGAUCUUACAUGAAAGCAAAGGCCAAAGACAAAAAGCACAAGUUUUUGCCGCAGUAAAAUCGGCACUCUGCCCCUCCUCCGUAUCGCAUGAGUCAACUCGCAGCGUAGCUCGUAAUCGUCACUUAAAAAUUCUAUCUGUUUCGCCAAAAACGCAAACUUUUCCAGUUCUUUUUGUUUAACUACCGGUCCUGCUUAUACCCACUUCUUCGUUGACUCGGUCUGUCUAUGGCUAUUUGUCAAUCGGGGCAUUUCAGGUACAUGAUCGUUUUUGCCAGAUGAGUAUCGAGAGGGGCAGAAUUGUUUGCUCUUUUUUCUCUGUCAUCCAGUUCUAACCUUGGGCGUGCUGAAAUCGAAUGUGGUAGAGGAGUGACAAUGCGGGUUUGCAAAGAAGCUCCUAGCAGUGGCCUUCUGCUAUUCCUCUUCAUCGGCCUUUCUUCUGUAUGGCAAUGUUUUGCUCUUGAUGUUGAGGCGAAUCAGACUGCACUGCUGCUCGUUAAUGCUUCCACGGGUCGGGCGAUACCUGAAACGCUGUUCGGUAUAUCCUUUGAGGAGAUCAACCAUGCUGGGGCUGGAGGAUUGUGGGCGGAGCUUGUAAGCAACAGAGGAUUUGAAGCUGGGGGCCCUAAUACACCCUCAAACAUCGACCCAUGGUCGAUAAUUGGGGACGAGUCAUUUUUGGUUGUUUCAACCGACCGGUCAUCAUGCUUUGAACGCAAUAAAGUUGCACUUCGGAUGGAUGUGCUCUGUGACAGCCAAGGUGAUAAUAUGUGUCCAGCUGGUGGUGUUGGUGUGUAUAACCCAGGAUUCUGGGGCAUGAAUAUAGAAGAAGGGAAGACGUACAAAGUGGUCCUUUAUGUUCGUUCAUCCGGGUCAAUUAAUGUAUCUGUAUCUUUGACGGGCUCAAGCGGGACGCCGACUCUGGCUGCUGCGAACAUAAUAGCUUCUGCUCCUGACAUAUCAAACUGGACAAAAAUGGAGGUUCUUUUGCAAGCCAAGGAAUCAAAUACCAAUUCUAGACUUCAGUUGACGACCACAAAUAAGGGAGUGAUAUGGUUUGAUCAAGUCUCAGCUAUGCCUCUGGCAACGUACAAGGGACAUGGUUUCAGAACUGAGCUUAUUGAGAUGCUUGAAGAUAUUAAACCUCAAUUCCUUAGAUUCCCGGGUGGCUGUUUUGUUGAAGGUGAAUGGUUAAGAAAUGCAUUUCGGUGGAAAGAAACUGUUGGACCAUGGGAAGAGAGACCUGGCCACUUUGGGGAUGUGUGGAUGUAUUGGACUGAUGAUGGUCUCGGUUACUUCGAGUUCCUUCUGCUCGCAGAGGACCUGAAAACUCGACCAAUAUGGGUGUUUAACAAUGGAAUCAGCCACAACGAUCAAGUUGAUAGUUCUGUUGUCUGGCCUUUUAUACAGGAAGCACUUGACGGCAUAGAGUUUGCUAGAGGGGAUCCCAAUUCUACGUGGGGUUCCUUGCGAGCUCAAAUGGGACACCCUGAGCCUUUUGACCUACGAUAUGUUGCUAUCGGGAAUGAAGACUGUCACAAGAAGAAUUACCUAGGGAAUUACCUCAAGUUUCAUAGCGCUAUAAAAAGUGCCUAUCCAGACAUUAAAAUGAUUUCCAACUGCGAUGGCUCUUCUCAAUCAUUAGAUCACCCAGCUGAUUUCUACGAUUUUCACGUGUAUACAUCUGCCAAGAAUCUAUUUUCUAUGGCUCAGAAGUUUGAUACGACGUCCCGAGCUGCUGGUCCAAAGGCUUUUGUAAGCGAAUAUGCUGUGACUGGGAAUGAUGCGGGCACAGGAAGUCUAUUAGCAGGCUUGGCUGAAGCUGGCUUCCUUAUCGGGCUAGAAAAGAACAGUGAUAUCGUUGAGAUGGCAAGCUAUGCACCGCUCUUCGUCAAUUCAAACGAUAGGAGGUGGAAUCCGGAUGCAAUCGUUUUCGAUUCAUCACGUCUCUAUGGAACUCCAAGUUACUGGGUGCAACGGUUUUUCACCGAGUCAAGUGGAGCAACUCUUCUUGAUACAACAAUUCAAGCGAGUUCCUCCAGCUCACUUCUCGCCUCAGCGAUCACAUGGACAAAUUCAGAGGAUAAAAAAAGCUACAUCAAGAUCAAGAUUGUGAACUUUGGUAGCAGUUUGGUUAAUCUAACAAUUUCCAUUAGCGGCCUGGAUCAAAAUUGGAUACAAAAGUCUGGAUCCUCAAAGAUGGUAUUGACAUCUGCUAACUUGAUGGACGAGAACUCCUUUUCUGAGCCAAACAAGGUGGUGCCAAUCCAAAGUCUACUCGAAAACGCAGGCAAAGAGAUGGAUGUCGUUAUCUUGCCCUAUUCCUUCACCUCCUUUGAUUUGUUAAAAGAAUCGACGAGCAUCCGGAUUGAGGGAGAUGAUCAUUCUUCUAGAUCUUCUAUCUAAUUUAUAUGACUGAUGAUUGUAAUUAUAUGGAAUAAUCUCAUAACUCAGAUGUUGUCGCCCUCAAUCCAAGUUAUGUAGAGCUUGUGGUUGUAACAAUGUGCUUCUUGCUUAGCUGCUGUUCGAUGCUAUAGAACAGUAGAUUAUAUUUCAUAUGCUGGUAAAGUUGUAAUUCUCACC